UGCUAGACUGUGCUUUAAUACUGUGUACUAAUGUUAUAUAAUGAAUGGCUGUGGACAAUGCUGGACUGUGCUUUAAUAUUGUGUACUGAUGUUAUACUGUGGAUAUGUGUGGUAUAUGGUUCAUUGCUGAUUGGGAACGCGCUGGCUGUUCCGUACGUGGGGGACUUUUAACAGACUAGCGUUUGUUAUGAUGAACUAAGCUGCGACUGGGUGGGACAACAGUCUAAUUGCCAUUGACUCUGUAAUUGCUUGAUGGGUUUGAAAUGAGCUUUGGAAUGGGAUAGGUCCCCCCUCCUGAUAAAAAGGGGCAGUCUGGAAUGGUGGCGGAGCACGGAGGUACCGACGGUCUGGGAGGCACAACGCCGCUGGCUAUGCGGGGGAAGACGGCUAUACGAUCGACGCCGGGUUGACAUUCCACGCAAGCUAAGUAUUACCAACAGGGACGUUGUUGUUUCAUUGUUGUGUAUUUCUACCUGUUUGAGAAGCUGCUGUGUACAUCGGCGGGUGUUCUGAUUACGGCUGUGUUGCAGCGGAGUGAGGGCGUCAGAGGAGGCCAUCAGCUGACGGGGGAAGCCGACACACUGCGUGAGGACCACGGCGAAAGUUCCAAUCAUCUCGUAACCAACCGUGGGUGUCUUGGACAACUCUCAUCGCUCUCUAUUCCGAGGAAAAUUAAGGGAAGUCUUUGUUCGUACUAAACUCUAGCUUAUAACCUUAGCCAACUGCUCUGUGAGAGCUGUGACUGAGCCACUGUGUGUUUUGGUUCCGGUAUAGCCGUGGAGGCGGAGCCUGGGCUACUACGCCUGCAGACGUCGACAGGGGAUGUUCACCGUGGCCGGAACGGCACGACUACUACACCGACGGUGAACUUUGCCGCAUCUGUGGGUUCGUUUCUCUGUGGAUUAUCGGGGACUGGAAGUGUUGUCUUAUAUACUGGUCGGUGGGGACUUUUAUUGUGUGGUUUAUUGCACUGUAAUGAAUUGAUAAUGGAACAUAUUUAUUGCUGAAUUUGGCUUGGUUGUGUGAAGACUGCCGUGAGUCCUCUUGAAGUGUGCCUAGUGGGUGUAUGCACUGUGUGUGUGGGGGUGUUAAACCUGCCUAGUCUUGCAAAUGUUAAUUGAGUGUGUGACUGCCCCUAGUGGUGCCCUUCUACAUCAGUCUGCUGACCUUCAGUCCUGUGUGUCUUGGUAUGAAUAAAAAUUGAACUAAAACUUAAACCAAGUUGUGUUGUCUGUGUCUUGGGUGGAUCUUAGGCCUGUGACUUGGGGAACAGUAGCCCUUGUGCACGACAUUUUUGGCGUAGCCGGCAAGGAUCCACCUUUAACACAAACAAUAUGGUUGAUGAGGCACCACCGGGAGGGGCUAGUAAUGUUAUUAUGAUGCCAUGGUUCUUGGGUGGGCCCUGGGUUCCUAAAUUUGGGGACAAAGAAAAACAGACAGGUUUAGCAGACUGGCGCGGCCAAAUUGAAACAUUCAUUCGUGCUCAAAAUCUCAACCCAGCUCAGCAAGUAGACUUUGUGCUGAGUGCCCUACAAGGGGAGGCGAGAAGGGAAAUCCUGCUACUCCCUGCUGGUAACCGGGACAGCCCAACGAAGAUCUUCAAGGCCCUGGAAGACGUGUAUGGAGAACAGGUCAGUGUAGUUCAGUUGCGGGCCCGUUUUUUCACCUGUAGGCAACAGGCUGGGGAGGAGGUGGGGGCAUUCAUCCUACGGCUUCGUGAAUGUCUUGCUAGGUGGCGGAGUAAGGAGGAAGGCCCAGUUGACGACAGCGAUGACGAGAUGAUGCGGUCACAGUUGGUGACGGGUCUUCGCCCAGGUCCGCUACAGACAGAGCUGCAGAAGCUGUUGAGGAGGAACCCCACCAUGAAGUUUGCAGAGGUGAGCAGAGAGGCCAAAGCUGUGGAACAGGAGCAGGUCCAUGGCAGCGAAGAGGCCAGCACUAGACGGACCUACACGUCCACUUCAGCCCCCACCGCAGCCAAGACUGCCGAGGAUUGGCAGCAGAUCCGGGAGAAGCUGAAGGCGGAGGUGUUGUCGGAGGUGAAGGGGCAGAUUGAUACACUCAAGGAGAGCAUCUUGGGGGAAAUACGGCAACAGUUUCAAGCAAGCCAGCCCCCGCAAGCACCGUCUGAUUCGCGAGGUGCCAGGAAUCGCGGCAGGUGGGAGACCAUGAAUCCUCCCCUGAGACGACGUCGCGAGAGGGCACUGAGGUGGGACGAUCAAGGGCGACCAAUUUGCCUGCACUGUGACCGGCCAGGACAUAAUACUGAGAGAGUGCCCACAACGACCAGCCCCGUCCCAGGAUUUUUGACCCCCUCGGCCACUGUCGGGCAAGUGGCCGAGGAGGGAACCCAGACUGACACCCCCCUUAAGCCCGCUUUUAUUGGGCAGUGUCCUGAAGUAGAAGUUACAGUACACGGGAAAAAUAUCCCCUGCAUUCUGGACACAGGCUCACAGGUGACAUUGUUUAGCCAGUCAUUAUUCCAGAAUUAUGUACAAGAGCCAGUCCACAGUGCUGAAGAGAUCCCUUGGUUAACCUUAAAAGCGGCCAAUGGACUCAACUUGCCCUAUAUUGGGUAUGCCAUUUUAGAUUUCCAGAUAGGGGGAGUAAUAGUGCCUGCAAAGGGGGUGGUAAUAGUGAAAGAUGACUGCCUCCAAUCAGACUACGGAAUUUUAGGGAUGAAUGUAAUUAAACACUGCUGGGAGGCCCUCCUCCAGGAUACUCAUCCUGGCCUCACUGCUUUCAAAUCUACCAUUCCCCGUAGAGCAGGUCAGGCAUGGGAGAAGGCCUUUCAGGUUUGUCGGCGGGUACAAGCAACUGGUCCUAAUACCGAGCUCCAGGGAACCGCACGGCUGCAGCCCUCAGAGGCCAUCUUGCUACCCCCCCAGACAGAAAUGGUAGUAUGGGCUUCGGUACCUCAGGCCACAGGGCAGCUAACUUGCUGUGUAGUAGUGGAGGACUUGGGGGGCGAGGAGAGAGAGUGGAGAAUAGGCCGGUCAGUGGUGCAGUUGAAGGCAGGCAAACUACCCCUCCUUGUAUGCAAUCCGCACCCCUACCCUGUGGAGCUACCCCACCGCAAGCCCAUAGCCCUGGUCACGCAGAUAGACCCCAAUGAUGUCCAGGGCCAGAAACAGCUGGUAUUGCGGCCUGUGGGAGGAUGUGAAGUCGAGGUCGAUGUGCGUCCAGUGAGCGCUGAGGAUGACCAUGACCAUCCGGCCCUGUCUCUUCAGGGGGAGGGGUUGACUGAGGACCAGCAAGAGAAACUCACCGACCUGUUGCGGAAAUGGACAUGCGUGUUCGCCGCCCAUGAAGAGGACUACGGACGGACCAGUGCGGUGCUGCAUCCAAUCCCCACUGGUGAGGCCCCCCCGGUACGGGAGCGCUACAGACCAGUACCACCCAGCCUGUAUUCAGAGCUGCGCACCCUGCUGCAGGGGAUGUUGGCCAGUGGGAUUGUUACUGAGAGCUCCAGCCCUUGGGCCGCUCCGGUGGUACUAGUGAGAAAGAAGGAUGGUAGUUGGCGUUUCUGUGUCGACUAUCGGAAACUUAAUGCCGUUACCCACAAAGACUCCUUUCCCCUCCCGCGAAUAGAGGAAUCGCUGACAAGCUUGAAGAAGGCGAGGUGGUAUUCGACCCUCGACCUUGCCAGUGGCUACUGGCAAGUUGAGGUUGACCCCCGUGACAAAGAAAAGACUGCCUUUGUUACGCCGAUGGGGCUCUUCCAGUGGGAGCGGAUGCCGUUUGGACUCUGUAAUGCGCCCGCUACAUUCCAGCGCCUUAUGCAGAGGUGUCUGGGGGAGCGGGUGCACGACUAUCUGUUAAUUUAUCUUGAUGAUGUGAUUAUUUACUCAUUAGAUUUCAACAGCCAUUUAAUCCAUCUUGAGCAGGUGUUCGAGCGGCUCCAUCAUCACGGACUUAAGCUACAACCCCAGAAGUGUCGGCUCUUCGGGCAGGAGGUGAAGUAUCUGGGCCAUGUAGUGAGCCAGAAGGGAGUGGCCGUAGACCCAGAGAAGACCGCAGUGGUGCAGGAUUGGCCUAUCCCCACCACGGUGAAGGAAGUCCGCGCCUUCUUGGGUUUUGCCGGAUACUACCGACGUUUCGUCUCAGGAUUCUCGAAGAUUGCACUGCCAUUGAACAACCUGCUCCAGGGGACAGGGGGCAAGAAGACUGCAGCCAUAACCUGGACGCCAGCCUGCCAGGGCGCUUUUGAGACAUUGAAGGGGGCCCUCCUCCAGGCUCCGAUUCUGGCUUAUGCAGACUUUAAAGCUCCCUUUCGGCUCUACACUGAUGCCAGCUUCCAGGGCCUAGGUGCAGUACUAGCUCAGAUGCAGGAGGGAACGGAGAGGGUAAUCGCUUAUGCAAGUCGCAGUCUGCACCCAGCCGAGAGAAACGACAAGAAUUACAGCUCCUUUAAGCUGGAAUUUCUUGCAUUGAAAUGGGCAGUCACCGAAAAAUUUAAGGAUUACCUGUGGGGGGUGCCCUUCAAAGUCUUCACGGAUAACCGGCCUCUGACUCAUCUCCAAACGGCAAACCUGGGAGCAACGGAGCAGCGUUGGAUGGCGCAGCUGGCCAACUACACCUUCGAGCUCUGCUACAAACCGGGCUCUUCACACCAGAAUGCGGACGCCUUGUCCCGGGUACCUGGAGCAGCCAGCAGCCACCUGGUGGGGGCCCAUGUGCUUCCCCAACCCUCCGAUGGACCAGAUACCCGGGGGCCACCUGAGGUGGACGUCCCUUUGGCAGAUUGGCCGGCACUCCAAGAAGCCGACGACGACCUGGGGUUGAUACGCCAGUGGAAGGCCGAGGGGAAGUCACGACAACAGCUUGACCCACAACCCCUCACAUCCAGUGGGCGGCGGUUGCUCAGAGAGUGGGAGCGCCUACAGCUGGUUGACGGGGUUUUAGUUCGGGCCAGCCGGGACCCAGUGUCCGGACAAUCUCUGACGCCAGCAGUGGUGCCAGCUAGAGUGCAGCGGGAGAUGUGGGCAUCAUACCACCAGGCUUUUGGCCAUGCCCGCGGCCAGCGAAUGGUGCAGGCCCUUCGAAGUCGGGUCUUCUGGGAUGGCAUGGCUCGAGAUUCUGGGAACUGGGUGGCUGAGUGCCGGCAGUGUGUGCUGGGACAUGCAGGACCAGAGGCGAGGGCUCCCCUCCACCCAGUGGUGAGUCAGUACCCGUUUGAGAUCCUGGCAUUGGACUAUCUCUCGUUGGGGCGGGCAAAUGACAUUUAUCCAUAUAUACUGGUAAUCACUGACUUGUUUUCCAGAUAUGCAGUGGCCAUUCCCACAAAGGAUCAGACGGCCCAGACCACUGUAAAAAUGCUAUGGAGGUAUGUCAUUCAAGUGUUCGGCUGCCCCGAGCGUAUCUUAACAGAUAGGGGUGGCGCUUUUGAGUCCGAGCUCCUGAGGGAGCUUUGUCAGGUGUAUGGGUGCACCAAGAGCCGCACAACCCCUUACCACCCUCAGGGUAAUGGGGCUUGUGAGCGGUUUAAUCAGACCCUCUUGGGGCUGUUGAACACGUUAGACCAAGAGGGCCAGACACGAUGGGUGGAACAAUUGCCAUAUUUGCUACAGGCUUACAACAACACUCCCCACAGCUCCACCGGCCUCGCUCCCUUUUACGUCCUGUAUGGGAGACAUGCUCGGCUGCCUGUCGACAUGGCCUUGGGAAUUUCUCCACCCCAAGUACGAGGUUCCAUCAAUGACUGGGUGAAACACCACCAGAGACAACUAGUCACGGCCUAUAGGCAAGUGCAGGGGCAUAGCCAACGGCGGCAAGAGUUGGACCAGCACCGUUACAAUCGACGGGCCAAAGCUCUUCCUCUGGUACCAGGGGAAAGGGUCCUGUGUAAGAACUUUAGAAGGAGGGCAAAGGGGAAGCUGGGGCCAUAUUGGGUACCGAGUCCUUUUGUUGUUGUUUCUCAGCUCAACCCGGACCUGCCCGUGUAUGUGAUCCGUCCUGAAGGCAAGGAGGGUCCCACACGCACAAUCCACCGGAACAACCUGCGCUCCUGUCCCGGGGGCUGGACUGGGAGCAGUGAAGUGGGAGAGCCAGGAGGGGUGGCCGCACAGGAGGAGGUCCCCCCUCCUGAUAAAAAGGGGCAGUCUGGAAUGGUGGCGGAGCACGGAGGUACCGACGGUCUGGGAGGCACAACGCCGCUGGCUAUGCGGGGGAAGACGGCUAUACGAUCGACGCCGGGUUGACAUUCCACGCAAGCUAAGUAUUACCAACAGGGACGUUGUUGUUUCAUUGUUGUGUAUUUCUACCUGUUUGAGAAGCUGCUGUGUACAUCGGCGGGUGUUCUGAUUACGGCUGUGUUGCAGCGGAGUGAGGGCGUCAGAGGAGGCCAUCAGCUGACGGGGGAAGCCGACACACUGCGUGAGGACCACGGCGAAAGUUCCAAUCAUCUCGUAACCAACCGUGGGUGUCUUGGACAACUCUCAUCGCUCUCUAUUCCGAGGAAAAUUAAGGGAAGUCUUUGUUCGUACUAAACUCUAGCUUAUAACCUUAGCCAACUGCUCUGUGAGAGCUGUGACUGAGCCACUGUGUGUUUUGGUUCCGGUAUAGCCGUGGAGGCGGAGCCUGGGCUACUACGCCUGCAGACGUCGACAGGGGAUGUUCACCGUGGCCGGAACGGCACGACUACUACACCGACGGUGAACUUUGCCGCAUCUGUGGGUUCGUUUCUCUGUGGAUUAUCGGGGACUGGAAGUGUUGUCUUAUAUACUGGUCGGUGGGGACAGCCGACCAGUACGGACUUAUUUUACUAACUGGACUGUUGGCAGGGGACGUGGAGCGUGCUGGGCUGCAUCACUGCUCGUCAUUGCUGGGUUGGGAGCUUCCCCAUUUUCCCCCUUUUAUUGUGUGGUUUAUUGCACUGUAAUGAAUUGAUAAUGGAACAUAUUUAUUGCUGAAUUUGGCUUGGUUGUGUGAAGACUGCCGUGAGUCCUCUUGAAGUGUGCCUAGUGGGUGUAUGCACUGUGUGUGUGGGGGUGUUAAACCUGCCUAGUCUUGCAAAUGUUAAUUGAGUGUGUGACUGCCCCUAGUGGUGCCCUUCUACAUCAGUCUGCUGACCUUCAGUCCUGUGUGUCUUGGUAUGAAUAAAAAUUGAACUAAAACUUAAA